UAGACUUUGUACAAAGAGGUAUAAGGGCACCUUUGAUAAGUUAAAUCCAAAGUAAGUCAAAUCAUUUUGACUUUAUUUAGUUAUAUGAGAGGAUUUAUAUAUGAAGAAAUUGAUAUUUUACAGGAGUACAAUGUAGAAGAUACUUAAGGCUUAUAGUUAUGCAUAAUUAUAGAGUUCAUCAAUGUUUAAAAUCUAAAAUAACUGUGAAAGAAAUUGAGACAUUUUUAUCGACUUUACAAUGUAAAAAGAUCUACUAACAAAAAGACAAAAUGGCUACAGGUGGACAAAUUGAUACAGAUAUUCUUUCGGAUGAAAUAUUUGACGUAUUAUGUUCAAUGUGUAGAAAUGAAGGCAGAAACACUGAAGGUGAAAAAUACUGUGUUGACUGUCACGAUUAUUUCUGUGUAAGUUGUGUCAAAGUUCACAGUAAAGUGCCUGUAUUAGCUGGUCACAAGUUAUUGGAUAAAUCGCAAGUUAAAUCAGGAACCAGUAAAGCUAUGCCGAGGGCACCAACAGAGAGAUGUGACAGACACAGUCAUAAACACAUUGAUAUGUACUGUCAGAACCAUGAUAAUGUUGGCUGUUCUACAUGUAUGGCAGUUGAUCACAGAUUAUGUAAGGAUACAUUCUACAUACCAGAAUUUAUCCAAAACAAUACUUACCAAGUUGAAUCGAGAGACAUUCAAACUCAUCUCAAGGAAAUAGCCAAGACCCUUGAAAAGCAAGCUAAUACAUUUAAACAGGAUAAACAAAGGCUGUUAAAGAGGAAAGCAGAACUACUCGCUGAUAUCAGAAAAUUCCGACAAGAAAUCAAUGGCCAACUUGACAAGCUGGAGAGAAGUUCUAUUGAUGAGAUAGAAAGUAAAGUUAAAUGUCUUGAAGACAAAAUCGCAGACGGUUUAAAACAGCUUCAAGCAAAUAAGUCCAGGAUUAGAUUAGCUAAUGAUAAGUUAGCAUCUACAAACACAAAUCAUUCUGAAGUGUUUGUUUAUGUGAAGAUGGGAGAAGAUGCUGCAAAUAUUGCCAACAAAUAUAUGAAGUAUGCCAAAACAAAAUGUAAAGUAGGAGACAUAGAGUUUCAACCUGACAGAACGAUUGUUACACAGUUAGAACAAAAGAAGACCCUAGGUACACUAUCAGAGAAGACUGCUGACAAUUUAUUUCAGAUUAAGGGAAAUCUAUCCUAUAAUGUAAAAGUCAUGUCAGAUAAAAAAGAUUGUUAUAUCAACAGUGCCUGUUUUAUGGAAGAUGGUACAAUAAUUCUAGCUGAUCACGACAAGCUUAAACGUUUACACAGUUAUAACUAUUCUGUCACAGGCUACUGUGAUCUACCUGGAGAGUCAUGGCAAGUGUGUCUGAUCAAUAACACACAAGUAGCAGUAACUAUUUCAUCAGAAAAGAAAGUUCAUUUCAUUUCUCUAGAAAGAAAAAUGAAAACAACAAACAUGAUUACUACUGAUUUUAGAUGUUAUGGCCUUGCAUACUCAAACAAUAAUUUAUAUAUUUCAGACCAAGACAAAUCAGUUUAUAUGUAUACAUUGUCAGGGAGGAAACUUAAUCAGUUCAGUAAUGAUUCAUCAGGACAUAAUUUGUUCUUUGGUGUAAGAAGUUUAGCUGUCAGUAAGGAUGCUACAAGGAUUUAUGUUGCUGAUUUCUAUAUUGGACUGAUAGUACUGGACAACAAUGGUCAGGUUAUUAGAUCAUUUAAUGACAAACAAAUAGAGGGGGCUGGAUGCUGUUAUCUCACUGAAACAGGUAGUGUGCUGGUAUCUGGAUUUGACUCAAAUAGUGUUUUACAGUUUACAUGUGAUGGUGAGCUAAUAGGACCGGUUAUAAAAGCUGAUAGAAGAAAACACAAUAUUAGUUCAGUCUGGUGUAAUCAACAAAUGACGAAGAUGUGUCUAAGUGGAUAUUCAGAUGACAACAUUCAAGUGUAUGACAUCUAAUCAGUUAAACAAACUAGAGCUAUCACUAACUAUGAUUAAUGCCCCAGCAAGACUGCUUCUGAAAUGGGGAAGUCACUAGUUACAGAAUACCUUAGAGCUAUGGUUGUGGGCAAUUAAAAUGUAUGCAAAGAGUAUAACAUGUUUCAUUUAUUAUAGGUGAUAAUUUCUUUUGGAAUUGCCAUUUUUUAAUUUUUUAAAUGUUUUUUGUUAUAUUAUAAGAAAAGCUACUAAAUUGUUUGAACAAUAUGAAAUAAGUCAUAUCAUGUGAGUAUUUGGAGACUUAGUAAGUUCAAUAAAUUAAGAAAUAAACAAAUGAUAAUUUUUUAUUUAUUACAAAAAAAUGGUAUACAGUGAAAAAG